AUGCCCAGCCUGAUAUGGCUCCUCCUUCUCUUCAUCACCCUUACAACAGCCUGCCCCUCCCCAAACCACACCCUCCACCUCCAAAACCGCUCCCCUUGGUUCUCCAUCGGCAACUCUCACGGAACCGAACCCUACUCCAACAACGCCUGGCCACCCCACACCGCCGCCCCAUGGGACCGCCCCCUCUGUUAUUGCUUCGUCAAGCAAACCGACUACACCGCGCUCAACAACCUCCUCAAGUCCGCCAUCAAACUCUGGGAACCCGCCAUGACGCCGUACUCCUCCCUGAAAAUCAUCCCCGACUGCGGCCGCGCCAAAGUAGACUGUCUCUGCGAGAAAGCCGCCCCGGACUCACUGCACAUCUCAGACGUCGACCCUUCCGACGGGAAUGUGCAUGGGAUGACGACGGUGGGGUAUUGGCAUCAGAGGCCGGAGCAGCACACGAGAGGAAGACACAUCAUCGCGUUCGAGAGGCUGGAGAAUCGAAACGACCCUUCCAAGCCCGGACCCUACGAUGUCGCUACGCUGGCGCAUGAGAUCGGACAUGCCUUAGGCCUCGAGCAUGAACACACGCGGCCCGAUCGGGAUGAGUAUAUCUCUUUCUACUGUAACAACCUCCGCGACUACGAAGACGUCAAGCGCCGCAUCCAGCAAUCAGGCUCCGGCGACACAAUCCAAAAAGCCUGCACCGACCACGCCACCGCCCACAAAUACUCCUUCUCCGCCUUCGCCUUCCUCAAAACCCCCACCCGCGCCCCCUCAAUCGGGCAAUUCGCUUGGUCAGGCAAAACUUUCGACUUCGAAAGCCUCAUGAUCUACGGCUCCUACGAAGGCGCCACCAUCCCCAGCGGCCAAAACGACAAAUCCAAAACCGUCAUGCUCAAACACCCCCGCAGUAAGACCUGGCGCGCAAACCCCGGUUUGGAAGAGGAGUUCUUCGGGGGCGGUUAUGCAGAGGCGGUGAGGAGGAAGCCUUCAGAGGGUGAUCUCGCCAGAGUCGCGCAGUUGUAUCCGAACUAUGGGCCGAAGGAUAAGGGGGAUCCCGGGGAUGCGAGGGCGGGGCAGGAGAAGUGGGCGGGGACGAGUGGGGGUUUGGAGGGGAGGGGGUGGAUGGUGGCGGUGGAGACGGGGCGCGGGAUGUGA